AUGAGCGAAGCCUGGGUACGCCAUUUCGAUGUAACAACACAAUCCUGGUACCACCGCAACACCUCGACAGGCGAAUCAAGAUAUUCAAACGACAACAACCAAGACGAGCUAUCUGAAGAACCCGUUGAACAACAUCCAGCCGACGAAUAGCGCAGCAUCCACGUAAUAAGAACCCGCGGCGGCGGACCCGUAUUCAAACACUGGGCACUAUACAUCGACGACCAAGUCGGGCCAUACACAGGUUUCAUAUGUAACAUCGAAGGGAAGAGAGAAAACUACCGAUAUGUGUGCAAGAGAGUCGAGAUACCGAAGAGCAAAGGGAAUUAUGUGGAUGAGUACCAGGUUGGGUAUGUGGAUACCAAUUCUCUGGAGAAGCUUAAGGAGUUUGCGGAGGCGAAGAGGAUUCGGAAUGAGGAUAGGUUUUGGGGGUGUGAGCAGUGGGUGUGGGAGAUUUUGGGGGAAUUGGAGGUGGAAGGUCUUCUGGAGCAUAGAGAGGAGUUUGAGGAGCAGAUUGCUGAAUUGGAGAGGGUGAAAGGGCCGGGUUAG